UCCGGAACUGCGCUAAGAUGGCGACUCCCAUGCACCGUCUCAUAGCGCGGAGACAGGCGGAAGCAAAUAAGCAACAUGUAAGAUGUCAGAAAUGCUUAGAAUUUGGACACUGGACUUACGAAUGCACAGGAAAAAGGAAAUACCUACACAGGCCUUCAAGAACAGCAGAACUAAAGAAAGCUUUAAAAGAAAAAGAAAACAGAUUAUUAUUACAGCAAAGCAUUGGAGAAACUAAUAUAGAAAAAAAGAACAAGAAAAAAAGGUCUAAGAGUGUAACCAGUUCCAGUACCAAUAGCAGUGACAGUUCAGCCAGUGAUUCUUCAUCAGAAAGUGAAGGAACAUCUACCUCAUCCUCCUCAGAGGAUAGUGACACUGACGAAAGCUCUUCUAGUCCGUCAUCUUCAGCUUCCUCCACAAGCUCUUCCUCCUCCUCUGAUUCAGACUCAGAUUCCAGCUCCUCCAGUAGCAGUACCACCAGCACAGAUAGCAGCUCUGAGGAUGAACCACCAAAGAAGAGGAAAAAGAAAUAGAACUGCUCCAUCCAUAUUGGACUUAUGGACUGAAAGCAUUAAAGUGAUUCUCUAAAGGGGAUUUAAAAUAUGUUAAGGCCAAGAAGGGUAACUGGUCAAACUUUCUAGAGUUUUAAAGUUUCUAAAUGUUUUACAUUGUAAGAGCAUCAUAAAAAGUAUUAAUAAUGGAUUACAUAUAUAAAGACUUUUAAGGGGAAUUUGUUUUGCUUUUUUAUCUUUAAAAUAUAUCUCUAAAAUCAAAACUGAAAUCCAGUAAAUCUGUUUUUGUGAUGAAACUUACCUUUUUUUCCCCUGUGAAGUAAAGGCCAUAUUUUGUUAUAUGUUAAUGGUAUGUAUUUAUCAGACAUGUUUUCAGAAUAAUGCAUCAGAAUAUCAGACAAUGAAUUUCUAAUGCUUUUGGCUAUGUGUUAUUCUAUAAGAUUUAAUACCUUGCUAUUGUAAGGUUAUGAGUUUUCCUACAGUUGAUAAAUGUGCUCUAUUUUUAUGUUUACAUUCAGAAAGUUUUUCUGACUUCUUGUCCUAAAUGAAAAGUUCAAGGAACUUAUUAUAUAUUUACACCUUUGGAAUGGUACAAGUUUUACAUUGCUUGUUGCAUCAUUCAUUAUCUUGUGGUUCCUUAUAUUCUCAGAGUCACACUUGUCUGAGGGAAAUCAUUCUAGAGGAACCUCAAAAGGGGCAAAAAAUUGGAAACUACUUAGGAGUCUAAUCUUGGUGCCUUUUGAUAAAUUCCCCAUAUCAUAAAAGAAAGCAACCAUGUAUAAAGCUAUCUUAAGUAAAAGUGAUAUAAAUAUCUUUGAGUAAUGGCAUGCUAUAAAUGGAACCAUUUGAAGGAGAAAAGAGGUAGGAGGAAGAGGUGAUUUUUGCAGAAGAUUAUGGCAGUGUUGGUUGUCUUUUAUUAAAAAGGUUUUUUUUUUGCCUUUCAUAAAGAUUGCCUUUUGCCAUUUCUGCAAUUACUGUAUGACAGUGUAUAUGGUAACUGGUCACAUGACAGUCUACUGCAUAAAUAUGAAUGACUUGGAUUAAAUCUUGUGUGGUUACAUAGCAUAUACACAAUUGAAAUCUCACAUAAAAAUCAGGUUUAAAAGGAAAUACUGCACAAUGUUUCUUAAAAGUAAAAUACUUUGUGGUGAUGAGACCAUUUGGUUUAACAUCACAUUAUUUGAUGAUGUCUUAAACUUUUUGGAAAGUGGUAUCAUUUGUAGAAAAAUCUGGGUUUGGGUUCAAUGUUGUAAAAACUAUGAAUGCUAAGUCUUUUAUAUUUUUAUGAAAAAAGUAGUAGAAAAUUACUUUUGAAGAAAAUGGGCUUCUGUUUAACCUUGAAAUAAAUGUAUAUUGUGAGUUUAAGGAGCCUGUGAUUACUUGUAAGGUUUAUAGAACCAUCUGCUUUCAAUGAUUGUAAGUAUCAUUUCAAAGACUCCAUACACAAUGUAUCAUUUCACAGGUAAAUUUUAUAAAUUAAUAAUCUAAUACAUUUUACAAUAUUUGUAGUCUGUAAGGGUAAUUUAAUUUUGGCAGUUAAAGAAUUUGAAAGAGGAAAAACAUAUGCAUACAUAAAAUACUUACAGUUAAUAAAACUGUGGUCACAAGCUUAAGCUUUCUGUUAUCCCUUUGCCAUUUUAUUUAAUGCCUAUUAUGCAUUCCUUUUGAGGGUGGGGGCAUUUAGAGAAAUUGUAUUUUCAAAUUUUUACUAAUUACAACCAUUAAAAGUUGUAUCUGGAGUAUAACAGAUGUCCAGAACUAUUCUUUUCUAGUCCCAAAAAAAGAAUUGAUGGGAAAGAAGAGACUUACUUCCAGUUUCCCCAUCCUUUCUAUAAAAACAGGAAUCUGAAAAAUGAGUCCCCAGCAAAUGUGUUAUCUAUCAACCACAACUAUUUCAUAAGGCGCCACUAAGUCACAGGAUUCCAUUCCACAAACAUUUCGUAUGACUAUACAACGUGGCAAUUUUGUCUUAGAAUCCAGAUAUGCCAUUAGGCCUCAAGUUAGCACUGGAAAUGAUUUUUUUUAAAGUUCACAGAAGGUGGGCUUUAAAAUGGAUAACUUUUUUAGCAUGCUUGUUUUCAUAUAUUUAUUUAAUUUUAUUUUGCACUGAUUAUACUUUUACAGAACAGUUGAAAAAAUAGUACACGGUUUCCAGAUAUACCUCAACUAGCUUCCCCAAAUGUUAACAUAAAACCAUUGUACAAUGAUCAGAACUAAAAAAUUAGCACUUGGUGCAAUAUUAUCAGUUAAACCAAAACUUUGAGAUUCACCAGUUUUCCCACUAAUACUUUUUUUUUUUUUAAUCUCUUCUGGGAUGCAAUACAAGAAAAUCCUAUUGCAUUUAACUUAUUUUUCAUUAGUGUCCUGUAGUCUCUAACUGUUCAUCAGUUUUUCCUUGUCUUUUAUGUGCCUAUCACUUUCAAAGAAUAUUGAUCAGUUAUUUUCUCUAAUGUUCCUCAAUUUGGGUUUGCCUGAUGUUUUCUCAUUAUUGAACUGAGAUGAUGCUUUUUGGCAGAAAUCUCCAGAAAUGAAGUUGUGUCAUCAGUGCAUUGUAUCACAGGAUUCAUAAUGUUGCUAUGUCUUGU